CGCCGGCGAGUGCGGAGGUGAUUUGUCUGUUGUUAAACUAUCUCGUGUGUUUGUCGCCGCUUUUUGCCGUGUGGUGCAUCAUUGCAGUGUGUGUGUUUUAAGUGAAAGCUAUCAAGCUGUUUGCGCCGACGGAAGACAUGCUGACGAUGGAAACAGACCUCAAGGGAGGUAGCCUGCAUGCCACGAUGCCGCCGCAUCACGGCCUCCAGGCGUACGGCUCGCUGAGUGCGCUCAGCCAGGGCUCGAUGCAGCACCUUGGCCAGCAUCCGCAUCAGCUGCAUCAUCAGGGCCCAUCGCCGCAGAUGCACCAUCAACACCAGGGGCCCAAUCAUCAUGGGCAACAUCAGGCUGCGCAGCAUCAGCAGCCGCCGCAUACCGGCGGUCCUAAUAAUAACAACUCCAGCAGCAAGAAUCAGAACCUGGAGCGCGUCAAGCGUCCGAUGAAUGCGUUUAUGGUGUGGUCCCGCGGCCAGCGGCGGAAGAUGGCACAGGAGAACCCCAAGAUGCACAAUUCAGAGAUUUCGAAACGUUUGGGAGCCGAAUGGAAAUUACUUAGCGAGACGGAGAAGCGGCCGUUUAUUGAUGAAGCUAAGCGGCUGCGUGCCGUGCACAUGAAGGAACAUCCGGAUUACAAAUAUCGCCCACGUCGUAAGACGAAGACACUGCUCAAGAAGGACAAAUAUCCAUUGGGAGCGACGGGACUAUUACCCAGCUCCGACUCAGUGCGUUCGGCCGCCUCCGCCGUGCAGCAGGUCUCCGCCCGCGAGAUGUAUCAGAUGCCUAACGGCUACAUGCCCAACGGAUACAUGAUGCAUGAUCCCAGCGCGUACCAACAACAAUACGGCGGAGCUAACUACCCAAGGUACGAUAUGAGUCAGAUGCACAAUAGCUACAUGAACGGCGGCUACGGCGGUUAUGGCGGUACCGUGCCCAACAGCGCCGGUUCACCGUACGGCAUGCAGCAAGCCGGAUCAUCGCACAGCCCCUCCGGGUCCAGCAUCAAGUCGGAACCGGUGUCGCCCAGCUCGGGCCUCCAUACGCCGACACCCGUCGGUAUCAAGCGCGAGUACGCCACCACCCCCGGCCAGCCACAGCAGCCGCCCCAGGGGGACCUGCGGCAAAUGAUUUCCAUGUACCUGCCCACCGACAGCGCGCAGCAUAUGCAGCAAUAUAGUGCGUCUCCGGAUACGAUGGGCCCUGGGCCCCUUGCGCCCUUAGCGCACAUGUGAGAACCGCUCUUCGCGGCCCAGGACUUGGACGUGCCGCCAUUGUGAACGUGUAAAUAUUCUGUUAUAAUUAUAAGAAUUCGUUUUUAUAAAUGCAUCGUAAUAUUGAGGGCGUCAGCACAAAUAGACUUUCGCGGACAAACCAAUAACUUUCGUUCGGAUCACCUGCGGGUGCAUUCCGAUCGCAUGUAAACAAACAGAACUGUGUUAAUAUUUUGGUUCGUGUCGGACCGAGGUCGGCGCGCCGGUUUAUUCAUAAUGUUAAUAAAUCGUCAAUAUUUAUUAAUAGUUAGCUGAAUAAACGCGAGUCGCGGAUUGCGAGCUGGGUGAUUUUCAAAUGGCGACGCGGGACUGUUCAAAAGUGCUUUCGACAGUGUGACGAAGAAAUGUAUCCAAUCUACAACAUGGAGAACGAUGAUUGUAUUUUGCGUUUUACACAGCGCCACACUCUUGAAGGCAUUUUUACUUCGACACUUCUUCUUUGUCGUUUGCAAAUUCACACACACACACAAAAACUAUAUCGAAAGUAUUGAUUACGAAAACGUUGGUUGUUUAAAUCUAAUUUCUAGAAGUUAAAGGAAAACCAAAAAAUGCUACUAAAACAACAGAAGAUUAAUAAGCAAAAAAACAAAUAAAUCUUAUCACAUAUUAUUAUCAUCUCUUGUACAUAUUUAUAAAGUUUAAACAUUUGACGAUGAGAGAACGCGUUUUUGUAUAACGUUUUAGCGAGACAAAGAUUAAAUUCACCACGCAUACAUUUAAAAUUUACAUUUAAAUUUUAAGAAAACACAAAUCAAGUAUUCAAACAAAAAUUGAUUGGAAACAUUUGAAGAAAUUUUUUCUUUUGGCAUUCGGCACAUAUUAGUCGAAACAUUUUCUUAUGUUUCAGUGCAAACAAAAACAAAUCGCAAUCAGUGAAAGGACAGAAACGCCUGUUAUUGUUUUAUUUAUAUUAUUUUAAUUAUAGAAAUUUAUAUUUUACAACAUAAUGUAAUAUUAUUUCUACGUGUGUUUGCGAACAGCAGUUUGGAUAUGUACCUAUGUCCCAGUGAAUAUAAAACUUGGUUUGAAUCUGAAUAUGAAUCGAAACAAAUCGACAACUUCAAAUGGAAAAAAUGCAACACUUUCGAACAUCUUCUGGAUGUAUUGUACAAAAUUGACAUAAAUUCAACAUUGGUGAUUAUUACUUGUUUUUCUUAUAGUUCUAUUUAAUUCCUCAUUAUUUAUGUACAUAUAGUUUAAGGAUGUAGAAAGCAAAAACACACAAAUACAAAUGGAAUCUAAAUGACAAAACACAAAGUUUUUGCAUUCCUCGAUUUCUUUUUACAUUGCGACUUAAUCUGCAUUUCAAUGUUUAUAAUAAAUUCAAUCGUUUAGUUCCGAUGGUGGCUGAUUAAAUAAUGAUGUGGUUAAAUCUGAGAGAGAUUUUGUCGAUAAAUAACGAUUAAAUAAGCGAUAUCGAUAUCAUCGUCACUUUUCACAAACAAAUCAUGCUUUGUACAUAUUAAUGAUAUAUAUUUAAGUUUAUCUCAUUUUUAUUUUCAAUGUACAGUGUGUUUACAUUAGUCAAUGGAACGAAAAUGUGAAUAUAUGAUGAUUGAGAAGUUA